CGCUUUGAACCCGGCGCUGGGGCGGCGCGGCGGUCCGGGUCGGCUCGGGGUCCGGGCGGGGGCGGGUGAGGCCGGCAACCGGCGCGGCCGCGGGCAUGGCGGCCGAGGUGCGCGUGUCGCGCUGGUACUUCGGGGGCUUGGCCUCGUGCGGCGCCGCCUGCUGCACGCACCCGCUGGACCUGCUCAAGGUGCACCUGCAGACGCAGCAGGAGGCGAGGAUGGGCAUGACGGGCAUGGCGCUGCAGGUGGUGCGCUCCGACGGCGUGCUGGCGCUCUACAACGGCCUGAGCGCCUCGCUGUGCCGGCAGAUGACCUACUCGCUGACUCGGUUUGCCAUCUACGAGACGGUGCGGGACCGCCUGGCCGAGGGCAGCGAGGGGCCCCUGCCCUUCUACAAGAAGGUGCUGCUGGGCGCCAUCAGCGGCUUCAUCGGAGGUUUUGUGGGGACCCCCGCCGACAUGGUCAACGUCAGGAUGCAGAACGACAUGAAGCUGCCCCAGGACCAGCGCCGGAACUACGCCCACGCCCUGGACGGCCUGUAUCGCGUGGCCCGUGAAGAGGGUCCGAGGAAGCUGUUCUCCGGCGCGACCAUGGCCUCCAGCCGGGGGAUGCUGGUCACUGUGGGCCAGCUGUCCUGCUACGACCAGGCCAAGCAGCUGGUCCUGAGCACGGGGUACCUGUCGGACGGCAUCUUCACACACUUCAUCGCCAGCUUCAUCGCCGGCGGGUGUGCCACGGUCCUGUGCCAGCCCCUGGACGUGCUCAAGACCCGCCUGAUGAACUCCAAGGGCGAGUACCAGGGCGUGCUGCACUGCACCAUGGAGACCGCGAGGCUCGGGCCGCUGGCCUUCUUCAAGGGCCUGGUGCCGGCCGGCAUCCGCCUCAUGCCGCACACCGUGCUCACCUUCGUGUUCCUGGAGCAGCUCCGCAAGUACUUCGGCGUCAAAGUGCCGUCCUGAUACGGCGCAGAGGCUGCACCCACGGCCACCCUCCUCCCGCGGGCCUCCUGCUCCUGCCUGGCCAGCAUCCUCCAGCGGCGGGCCCCCGCCCCCCUGCACCGGCCACGCAGGCGGGCGUCCAGCGGGCGCACUGGGCUGUCCGGACUCCUGGGGCCCCUGCCCUCUGGCCCCGGGGGCCCCCGCCAUGUCCCUCGGGCCUCGGGCGGGAAGCUGAGCCCACAGCUGCGGCCCCUCGCCCCUCCCCGCCAGCCAGCCCCCAGUCCUUCAACAGUUAGUUUUGCCAAAACUCAGCGCCCGGAGGCCACUGCGUGCCCAGGCGGAGCCGUGGCCCACGUGGCCGCGCUGCGCCCCCUCCCCGGAGAGGCCCAGAGCUGAGCAGCCGGAGCCCUCAGGCUCUGCUAUAGCGGGUUCUCCCCCCGAGCCCCCCCCGAGCCGGCGGCCUCUGCUCCGGCCUCGGCCUCAGGCUGUGCCCGGCGGGGGCAGGUGGCAAUAAAGGAC